UUCGUUCUCUGCUUCCAGAAUCUAGGCGGGCAUCUGCAGACCAAUACCUGCGCAGCGCAGGGAGGAGGUGACAUUACAUGUUGCCUCGUGCUUGCUCCAGUCCGAAAUUCGUCAGGCGGUGCUCUCCGGUACAGCUUCUGUGCCGUGUGCGUGGACUGGCGGGUUUUCUCUGACUCGUUCGAGGCGCUCGCACACGCGUAGCUCACUUAUAGUUUCUAUCGCUCAGUAUCACCGUCGAUUCGCUCGCGAACAUCCGCCGCCAUGGCAAGCUGGUGGACGCUCCCUGCUCGCGCCGAUCCCCCGGAGCCCCCGCCCAGUGCGCCGGGAGCGGUGCUCGCGGAAGGUGCUGAGAAGGAUGGCCCUUCCCUUAACGGACAGAAUGGCGUCCACGAUGCGACAACUGGCGCCGUUGGUACCGACACACAGGGAGCACCAGCUGGUGGGGGGGGGGAGAAGCAGCAAGGGGCGGAGAAGGAACGCGGGGAGGCAGACACUACAGUCGCCAUUACGCCGGCCAAGGAGUCGAGUGCCGCCAGCCCACCACCGCCGGCAGCAGCACCAGCAGGCACCUCCUGGCUCCGCACCCUCUCAGGCCAUCUGCUAAUGCUGGACCCAAUCUCCCCUUCUCUUGCUCCCGCUGCUGCUGCCCAAGCCGACCCGCCUGCUCUCGCCCCUCUUCCUUCCCCUGCUGCCGCCGCUGCCGCUACUGCAACUGCUCCUACGGGGCUGUCACUUCCUUCCCCUGGGCUAUCCCCCUCCAAGCCUCAUGCUGCCGCUCACUCGGGGCCAAAGCAGGAUGAUGUGAUUCCGCCUCUUCCGCCUCUUCCUCCACCUGCUGCUGCUGCUGCUGCUGCUGCUGCUUCUGUUGCAUCGGCCGUUGCUCCUGUGGCUGAGAGCAAGGCGGAUUCAUCCGCUUCCUCUGCUUCAUCUGCAAUGGCUCCUGUGUUUGAGGCCGUGUCGGCUCACGAUGCUGACGCUGCCCAGGAGGACAUUGCAGCCGCAGCAACCGUCACCAGCAACGGCUCUGAGGGCAGCACCCCCAGCACUGGCAAGGACGUAUCAGACGUCCCUCCUCCCUCUGGCGCCCAGUCUUCCCCUCUUCUCUGGUGGCUCCCAGGCACUGCCCCUUCUGCAUCCUCCUCCUCUCUCCCCUCCUCCACGCCUCCUGCUGCUGCCCCUUCGGAUGCUGCUGCCACUACCACUGAGAAUGCUCCUACUGCUGCUACCAGUGAGCCUUCAGAACAUGUGGUCACUAUACCGGCCUCUGGGGACGCACCUCAAUCGGAAGAUAAUGUUGCUGCUGCUGGUUAUGCUGGCGGCGAUGCUGCUGGGAUCGGUGGUGGCGGCGUUGGUGUGGCCGUUAAUCCUGAAGCACAGGACUCGCUGCGUCAGCCCCUGUUGCCAGCAUCAGGCACAGCAGAAGAACCAUCCGAGGCACAUCAGGCAGAGGCACAGGCAGAGCAGCGGCAACAGGAGGAGGAGGCAGAGGAGCAGAACGAGCUGCAGCGGUGGGCGGCGGCAGUGGGGUGGGGCGAGAUGAUGGGCGCAUACUCGGUGCUGCACACGGACGACAACACGGACGUGCACCUCUACUCGCUGCACGUCACCCGCGGCCUCGCCAUCCUCGGCCUCCUGCUCUGUGCGUACCUGGGUCCGUCCGUGCCUGCCUUCGCCCCCUCGCCCUGGCACGGGCUGGCCCUGCCAGACCUGCCGCUGCCGCUGCUGCUCUACACCGUCGGCCUCUCGCUCGCCCUUGCUUACACACAAGUACCGAGCGUGCUGGCGGCGAGCAACAAGGUGUACAUCCGGUUCUGCAAGGUGUUCUACCUGGGGUACUUCCUGCAGGGCGGCUUCCUGCACCCCAUCGGCGAAAUGUCCUUUGGCGUCUCCCUUGAGAACACCCGCUUCUCCGGCAUGCUGCAGCAAGUGGCGGCAGCGCUGUUGGUGGUGGGGGUGUCGGAGGUGGCGGUGAUGAAGCUGUACCGGGGGGCCAGGCGCCCGCCCGGCGUGCACCACCACGCACUCGGCUUCCUCAUCAACUGGUGCAUCGCCCUACUGCUGGUCCUGCUGUACGCCUCCGUCUCCUAUCUGCUUGCUGUUCCCUCCUACACCGUCACCACCAUCGGCAGCAAUUCCACCACCAGCACUCACCCUCUCCCCGGCCUAGCUCCUGCUGCAUUCGCUUCCAACCAAUCACAACGUGCCACGCUGCAUCCCCAGCAGUGGGAGGACGUGGAGGGUCGGCGGAGGGUGCUGCUGGGGGAAGGCAUGGGUGGUAGCAUGGAAGUGCAUUGCGGCACGAGGGGCAGUUUCUCCCCGGCGUGCAAUGCAGCGGGGUACAUCGACCGCGUUGUCAUGGGCCCCCACCACAUGCUGUCCACGCCUCCCUUCUACUCCCUGCCUGAGUGCCAGCGCGCAUCUCCCCUUCCCCCUGCCUGGUGCCAAGCGCCCUUUGACCCACAAGGCCUGCUCAGCACGGUGGGCGCGUGCCUGGUGGCCUUUGCAGGGCUGCAUCACGGCCACCUCCUGACCUACUUCAACACUCACUCCUGGCGUCUCGUCCGUUCGCUGCUCUUAGCAGCCGUGCUGCUAGUCACUGGACUGCUGCUGCGCAUGCCACUGCCUGUGCCCCCUUCCUCCCUGCCUCCGUUCCUGCCGCACUCACUGCUCUCAGGCAUGCCUUUCAAUCCGCAUCUAUUCACCAUCAGCUUUGCAGCCGUCGCUGCUGCAGUCUCUUGCUUCCUCUUCUCCUGCUUCUUCAUUCUUACUGACAUGUACACGUCUGCACGCUCGUUCCUGGCCCCUCUUGCGUGGCUGGGGCGCAACCCGCUGUUUGUGCUGGUGCUGGGCGUGUGUCGCCUGCUGGACCUGCUGCUGGCGGGCUUCUACGUCAACAACGACCCUGCCAGUAACCUCCUCUCUCUGCCCUAUGCCUUUCUGGUUGGGGCAUUGGGCAGUGAGUCUCUUGCCACUGCUGCUGCUGCCUUCCUGGGCUGCCUCUUCUGGUGCCUGGCUGCUGGCCUCACAGUGCGAUAUAAGCAUAUCUGGACCUUCUGAUUACGGCCGAUAGGUAGGUGCAAUUGUCGUGUUGCACGUGCAUUGUGUCAACAUAUAUUUGUAUAUGUUAUUGGCUAGAUAGGUGCAUGCUCAUAGAGAGUACAACACCUUAGGACAAAACCACCCUGUAUCACUCAUUCUAGUUCAU